AUGGCGUAUGAAAUGGGCAACACUUUAGCACUAGCCCUCGUCCAGGGGCCUGCGGUUAUCAUCGUACAAGCGCACGAAAAAGGUCGUGCCCAUUCUAGACGCGCCUGCUCCGUUCGCUCGGAAUCCCUUUUUUACCAAAGAAGUUUAACUUCUUUAAGUGUUAAAUACAACAACCUGUUGUUUUUGCCUUCGAGGCACCUAAUUGAUGUUAAAACUUUUACGCAUAAAAAUCAAGUUUUUACUGUUCCAUCUCCCACACCAAAACAGCUUCAACAGCAAGCCAUGAAUUCUGCGCUUCCUAUGAUUGGUUUUGGCUUUAUGGAUAAUUUAGUAAUGAUACAAGCAGGGGACUUUAUUGACACUACUAUUGGUGUUAUAUUUGGCUUGUCCACUCUCUCCGCCGCCGCUCUGGGCCAAGUUGUUUCUGAUGUCUCCGGAGUCUUUUUUGGGGGGACCAUCGAAGCUCUUGCUGUUCGUCUGGGGUUAAACCCCUCAAAUUUGUCUCAUGAACAGUGUAACUUAAAGUCUGUGAAGAUAGUGACCACUCUUGGGCGAUCAGUGGGAAUCAUUUUGGGCUGUCUUCUAGGAAUGUGUAGUUUACUAUUUAUGGACACUAAAAAGUCUGACAGAAUGAAGCAUCAAAAAGAGCAUAACGAACUUCUUAAGUCCUUAAUAGAGAAAACCUCACUAACUUUAGGCGCCACCAACUACCUUUUAUAUUCUUACGAUCAAACCACAAAUAAACUUCAUGUGCAAAUUCCAGAUAAUAUUUCUAGUGAUCCACCGAUGGACAGCAUCGCUGGGAGGACAGUAACCACUAAGAACAUGUGUAUUACGGACGCUGCAGUGGAUGCACCUUGUGAUCACUCAUUUGAAAAACUAGUGGGACCCGGUACGCGCAGCGUGCUGUCGGCGCCUUUGAUAAACGCGAGGGGGCAAGCGAUUGGAGUAUUACAACUGCUUAACAAAGUCGACAGUGACGGAAAUAUUAUUGCAUUUGAAGACCUUGAUGGGGAAAUCAUCAAAGUUUUAUGUUCGAGUAUCGUGUUACUUACCGAAAAUCAUCCGAAAGAAUCAAUUUUAAUAUAG